ACUCUCAAAGAUGCCAAAGAGAGAGAGAGGGAUAUUAGGUUUUGUGAAACCCUCAACACCAAUUCUCUUCAGUGCUCAAGGAGAGACAUGGCCUUCUGACGACUCAGAUGAUGACUAUGGGACUUCUAUUAAAGUCAAACCCAAGAAAAAAACGAGGAAAAAACGUACCAAUCGCUAUUCAAAGACCUGCAAGGAAAUUUCACCUGACCGCCAAGCAACAGAUAAUGCAUGGCAAUCGGCUGUACCUCCAGAGAUACUGUUCAAGAUAUUCAAGCAUGUUACUGACACAGAAGGAGCGCUUCCGUUCCUUUGCAGGGUAUCUGCAGUAUGCAUUCUUUGGCACAGGGUUGCAUCAGAUGAGCAUCUCUGGUGUAAUGUAGACCUGUCAUAUGGUUGGAUAAAGAAGCAGGCAUCUUGGUUGCUGUGGCUGUCUGAACACAGGUUGCAGCAAGUGCGUAUCCUCAAUCUAUCUGGAUGGAAAAUAUCUGAUCUCAAAGUAGAGUCUGCCUUGAAGGUAAUCGUAGAAAAUUGCAAACAAUUGGAGAGCAUUGGUCUAUCACGGUGCAAGGUUCCACCCACUACACUGCAGCUUCUCACUAGCUGUGACAAUCUCAAAGGAAUUGAUCUCUCACACGUAGAGUCGGCUUCCAAAAGGAAAUACCAAAAUGCUCUGAAGCAACUACUGGAGGUGAAAGGAAAGAAUCUUGAAGAUAUCAGGCUUGCUGGGUGUUUGUGCAAUCUUUCCAAGAUCAUCAUUUAUCUCAUGGCCUACUGUCCAAACCUUGUGUUGGUUGACAUAUCAAACCCUAGUUAUGGCUGGGCAAACAUAGACAUUGAUAAGUUCCAGGCUAGCUGUCCACGUCUGAAGGUGUUCAGGGCAGCAAACACAGCACUCACAGCGACUGGCAAUCAUAUUGAGUCACAGUGGUGCGGAUUUGCAGAGCUUGAGGAGUUUACAAUUCCCAGCUACAAGAUUAACGACAACGGCCAGUUUCUCUUCAGGUUUUUACGAGGGUCUCGCAAAUUGAGACUACUCGACAUCCGAGAUUGCGUGUUCAACCUUGAAUCGCUCCUAUUUCUGUCGUGCUUGACCAUCGAGUAUCUCUACUUAUCACGCUGCAGCAUCACAGACACGACAUUGGAGCAGAUAAUAGCCAGUUGGGCAAGCAGUCUGAUCGACAUGGACAUUUCAUGGAACCCAGUAGGUGAGGAGGGUCUCCACAGCUGUCUGCUGACGUUAGCCCAAGAUGCAACACAGCUGCAGAUACUGAACCUGGCAGGCACGACAGCAAACCCACAUGGUGUUAGGUCUGUCAUCGGUGGAUGUGGCAAGCUGCAGUCAUUGAACCUGACGUCGUGUAGGUGCAUGCCGCGUGGAGUGAAGCGACAGUUUGAUGGGAAGAAGCAGCUAAAAGAGCUGCGCCGAUCUCUUAAUGCCCAACAAGAUAGCUAGCACUGGUUAGCUAGAGACAGCGCGUAGCAAGGAUCACUAAAAGUCGAGCCAGCAGCAAAA